UAGAUCUCUCUGCAUCAGUGUAAAAUUUGUCAAAGUCAAACCCCAAGGAUCAUGACAGGACAGCUCUCUAUAAGAAAGAACCCAAAGCCCAAGUGAGAUCGAUCGACAAAGGAAAGUCAAACCACCACAAUUUCCACCCAAAUCAACAACACAAAUCAGCUGGAUCGAGCAGCAGCAGCACACAGCCACGGCGCCAUGUACUCUUCCUCUUCUUCUUCCUCCUCGGACUCAUCAUUUCCAUCCGAAUUGAGCAGCAGGAUCAAGCCAGCAAUGGCGUUCAUCGGGGUGCGGGCGCGGCCGUGGGGGAGGUACGCGGCGGAGAUCCGGGACUCGACGCGGAACGGCGCGCGCGUGUGGCUCGGCACCUUCGGCACCGCCGAGGCGGCCGCCAUGGCCUACGACCAGGCGGCGCUCUCCUCGCGGGGCGCGGCCACGCCGCUCAACUUCCCGCUCGCCCGCGUCCAGGACUCGCUCCGCGUGCUCGCGCUCGGCGCCGGCGCCGGCAGCGGCUCGCCCGUGCUGGCGCUCAAGCAGCGGCACUCCAGGAGAACCAGGCGCAAGAAAGCUGACAUACUGUCUGCGGUGUCCGGCAGGAAGAAGAAGAAGAGCAAUUGUAACAACAUGGCAGCGGCUGGGAAGAACGGAGAGCAGAAGCGGUUCAUCCUGGAGCUGGAGGACCUUGGCACCGAGUACCUGGAGGAGCUCCUCAGGAUCUCCGAGCAGCUCAUGUGUAGCACAUCCUCGGCUUCUAGCUAGCUACAUAUAUAGCCAGGCCAGCUUAAUUGUGAAUUCAUUCAGAGAGGGAGGAUGUGUAUAAAUGUGCAUGCAUUUUUGAUUCAGCACAUGACAGUUUGGCAUGAGCAUACGUACGUGAUAUACAGACUUAUGCAUACUUGCUAUAUAUUCAUG